UAAAUUGGUGGUCAAUAUGGGAAAUAUUGGCAACCAAAAAAACUGUGUCAUUUGAAGCUUGAAGGAUAUUUAUUAAUUUAGUAUUUUAAUUUUGGUGUGGUACCGGUAGGGGGGAACUUUCGUUAUUUCUACUUAUUGCGACCUGCACUGACAAAUACUAUUACGUUUACAUAGUCGAACAACGUUCUGAUAACAACUCGACAAUAAUAAUAAUAAUAACUACAACUGACAAGGUGUCAAAAUAUUUAUGUUUAGAACAGCUUACUCUUUGUAAAUAGUAAAUACUAAUUUUGUUUAACGAUAUACGGUUGUUGUAGCUGUACGCCAGUAAGAUAUUGCGAUAGAUUCGGAUCUACUUAGUUGGUAUUGGCCGUCCUUCGAUUUCGAGACAUUUUGUAAUAAGAACCAACAGCUUUUGCUGUAGAACGAUAUUUUGACUUAUAAUGGCGUUCUUGUCCGUAUUAUUGGCCAAAUAAGAUUUGAGAAUAGUUGUCCAACUAGUACAUUUAAAUGGCGAACAUAGUUGAACAAACUCCAAAUACAGCGGACAAAGCCAUUUCCUUGUUGAACAUAGGUCAAUUAGAUGAAAAGGAAAUAAAAAAAGUUGAUUAUUCCAUUGUUCGAGGAAAGUCAAGUUUGGUUAGUCCGUCAGAAGAGCAAUUUGAAAUAUUGCAGCAUAGGCUUAAAGAGCUAAUUGAAGAAGGUCAUGGAGAAACUAUUUAUGAUGUGGGCAUUGGAGAUGAUGGUAGCGGCUUAACAAAUGACGAGUUUGAAGCCUCUGUGGCUACAUUACAUUCAUUAGCAGCAACUCAGGAUGCAGAUUGUGUUCUUCUUAGAGAAAGAAUAGAAGGUGGAACUAGUACAGCACAGUACCUUGUUAGAAAACGAUUAGAAUCUCAAGACUUUCUCGAGAUAAGGGUAGCGGUUGUGGGAAAUGUAGAUGCUGGAAAAUCAACGCUGUUAGGGGUUUUGACUCAUGGUGAAUUAGAUAAUGGUCGAGGUCAUGCAAGGUUAAAAUUGUUUAGACACAAACAUGAAAUGGAAUCGGGGCGCACAAGCUCUGUAGGCAAUGAUAUUCUUGGUUUUGAUAGCACCGGAGAAGUAGUGAAUAGACCAGAACAUGGAUCAUUAGAUUGGGUAAAAAUAUGUGAGAAAUCGACCAAAGUAAUUACCUUUAUUGACUUAGCUGGGCAUGAACGUUACUUAAAGACUACUGUAUUUGGAAUGACUGGACAUAUGCCAGAUUUUGGCAUGUUAAUGAUUGGGGCUAAUGCUGGGAUAAUUGGAAUGACUAAAGAACAUUUAGGUCUUGCAUUAGCUCUUAGUGUUCCAGUAUUUGUAGUUGUUACAAAAAUUGAUAUGUGUCCUCCUAAUAUACUUCAAGAUACAUUAAGAUUAUUAGUUCGUAUACUUAAGUCACCAGGUUGUAGAAAAGUUCCAGUAAUGGUUAAGACCAAGGAUGAUGUCAUUGUGAGUGCUACAAAUUUUGUUUCUCAAAGACUCUGCCCAAUAUUUCAAGUUUCUAAUGUAAAUGGCGAAAAUUUAGAUUUAUUAAAAAUGUUUUUGAAUCUUUUAACUACCCGAGUUAUGUCUACUGAUAAUGAUCCAGCUGAGUUUCAAAUAGAUGACACAUAUUCUGUGCCUGGUGUUGGAACAGUAGUUUCUGGUACAACAUUAUGUGGAACAAUUCGUUUAAAUGAUACACUAAUGUUAGGACCUGAUCCUGUUGGCCAGUUUGUUGCAAUCACAGUAAAAAGUAUACACCGUAAAAGAAUGGUUGUACGUGAAGUAAAAGCCGGACAAACUGCUUCUUUUGCUUUAAAGAAAAUUAAAAGAUCACAAAUUCGAAAAGGAAUGGUAAUGGUUUCUCCAUCACUCAAUCCAUCUGCUACAUGGGAGUUUGACGGAGAGAUACUUGUAUUGCAUCAUCCAACAACUAUUAGUUCUCGAUACCAAGCUAUGGUUCAUUGUGGCAGUAUUAGACAAACAGCAUCUAUUCUUAGUAUGUCUGAAGAAUGUUUGAGAACUGGGGAUAAAGCAAAAGUAAGGUUUAGAUUCAUUAAAUACCCAGAGUACUUACGACCCGGUCAAAGAUUGGUAUUUAGAGAAGGUAGGACAAAGGCUGUUGGCAAUGUGUUAGCUGUACCCCCUCCAACAGGGCAAGUGGGCAUUAGACAAUCUCAAAAACCUCAAAAGUCAAACCCUCAAGCACAAGGACAAAAUGUUGGAGAAAAUGAAAAUCAGCCUGCUCAGAAAUCAAGAAGAAGGGGAGGACAAAAACCUUUGGCAGAGCAAAACACUAGAACAAUAGCUAAGUAAUAGUGGGAUUAUAUAAAAUAGACAAAAUGUUUGUUGUUUCAAAUUCUAUGUAAAUUUUUUUUAUUUUUAACUACUUAACUAUAAAGAAAAUUUGAUGUUAACUUUUGUUUACCAAUUUUAAUGGAAAAAUAAAUUAUCAUUGAUUUUAAUUUUAAAAUA